GGACUUUUCUCAGUCCAGGGCUGACUCUCCUGACUCCAUCUGCUCCACAGACCUCCAGUCAUGUCUCUUCUAACGGUGCAUGGCCUCUUCCUGGCCUUCAUGUUCUCUUUAAGCUCUUCUGCUGUCAUUUUAGAAAAUGGCAUGCCUAUACUUUGGACACAAACAGUAAGCGAGGUAACAGAACUCCCCACGUUGAAUGGGAUUGUAACACCAAAUCCCUGGAAUUACCUGCAGCGCAUGAGUCUUUACCGGCUGCUGGUAGCUGCGACGGAUCCCUUCACAGAGUACAUGAGGACAAACCCUACGGAUGGACCAAUCUGGGGGCUGCCGCUGCAGCUGGGUUGGAUGCUGACUUCAGGUCGCCUUGCUGAUCCAACCGGUGCAUCAACAUGUGGCUUGCAGACCGGAGACACCAUGUGCAUCUCAGCACAGAGCUGGUGGGGCUGUAUGAACUACUUCACCUCUGCAUUUCCUUUCCUGUCUGCAGCACAGAAUGGCCUAUUGGGACAAGAUCUUCAAGUCCAGCUGCAGGCACCUGAGGGUGCAGAUGGCUUUUGCACCACCCAUGCUGACUGUUCAGCUCAGUACCCUGAUGCCAUGACAAAGUGGGACGCCUUCUUUCAGGCUGUCAAGGUCACCGACUCUCCCCUUCCAGUCACUGAAAAGACAGACAACAUCCUUGGCGUGUACUGGCAAGCUCAGAUGGCUUCCCUUUAUGCCUCUGCAGUGUGUAAUCCCAGGCAGAGCCACUAUUCCUCUGAGGAGGUGGCGUUUGCCAACAGCUGGCUGAACUCAGCUGAGUAUGUAUCUGCAGUACACUUCCACUCCACCCUGGAAAAGACGGUGCUGUUCCUGAAUCCCCUCCCAAGUCGAGUUUUACUGGAGGGAGAUGUGGCUCCUAACAUUGCUGAUCUUAGUCAGGAGGAGAACCAUACGCUGUCCAUUUUCUCUUGGAUGAAGAACAUCAACACUCUUCUUGGUGGCUCUUUGGUGCGCAUGUGGAAAGGUGCCAUGUGCUCAGUGACCACUAGGGAGAAAGGAAGAGCGGUGCUGGAGCAGCUGAUUCUCAAUCCCAGCUUCGCCACCAGCACUCUCCUGUCCAUCAUUCCAGAGAUGGCGUCAAGCUGCUGAGACAGACAUGAAAACAGAGAUUCUUGUCUUCUACUUCCUACUCAGCUAGAGAAACGCUCGACAUCUAAAUCUGUCACCACUGUUUGUACCUGGACCCGCUGACUUAGGGCGCCAGACUGUUUCAAAGGCGUCUUUGUUCUCUAACGAUUAUGUCUGUUGAUAAAGCAUUAAAAAGCCAUUCUACAUUUGUA